GCGCACCUCCCCCGGCUGCGGAGGGGGCACCGGGUGCGGGGAGGGCAGCGGUCGCCCGCCUGGGAGAGCGCUGGGAGCCGGAGCGGGGACAGCAGCACCGAGCACCAUGCGGGCACCGCUGCUGCUGCCGCUGCUCCCGCUGCUGCUGCACGGUGUCAGCUCUGAGGAUAAUGAUUCUUCUGCAGGUCAGGUCAUACAAACACCAGAAGAAAGUAAGCAGACCAGCAGUUCUGCAGUCACCACUGGCAAGGUGACAGUGGCCAGCCCUGCAAGCACAACAAAAGAAACAUCUCCCAUCACUGUGAUGUCCACCACAACUCAAGGGACAGACACUACAAGCAAACCACAUGGCUCUGCAGCAUCACCCAUCUCACUAUCAUCAGUCACCACCACCCAAGAGAUCAGCACUGCAAGCUCACAGGGAAUCCCAUCAAUCACUCCUGCAUCGACACACACCUCAGCUCAAAGCACCAAGACCACAGACAGAGCAGAUGGCCCAUCACAUGUCCCAGGGACGUCAACCAGUGCACCUCAGAAUGUCAGCUCUUCAGCUAGCCCCAGCGUCCCAGCAUCCACCUCUGCUGCCACCACCAGUGCCACACAGCAGCAGACCAGCACUCCAGGCAGCACAAGAAGCUUUGUCACCGCAGCUCGUGCAAAUUCUACUUCCGCUCAAGUGACCAGCACUUCAUCCGCCUCAGGAGGCUUAGUGCCUGCUGUCACAACAUCUCCACACAUAGCAGAUGAUGGAGGCUCUCCUUUGGACCAGGGGAACAGCAUUGUGUCAAGCUCUGGAGUCCCAACGCGCAGCCUUCAACCUGAGGUCAAGGGCCACAGCGUCUCUCCUUCCACAUCUGUCACCAGCCACUCUCACCCUUCUCCCAUUUCUCCAGUCCAGAAUUUUGAAUGUGCUACCACUCAUAGUGGAUCCGUGUCCUCUACCAGCAGAAACACAUCUCUGACUUCACCAUCCAGCAGCACAAAGAAGGCCUCAGUCGCAACCACCAUGACAACUCCUAAAGCAGACCCAGCAUACACAAGCCAAGGAGACAGAUCUGUGACACACAAACCUGGACUUACUGCUCAGAGCCCCACCAGUGCACUGCCACCAACAUCGACCCCGCAAGACCAGAUAGAGAGCAAGAGACCUGACCAGCCGCACCUGAAUAUUUCUCUCCAAAAUAAGGUCAUUUGUGAAGACCAGCCACAGGAGAUGUGGCCCAUCAUAAAUCUGAAAGAAGCUAAAACUUGUGACGACUGGAACAAUGCCAGCGCCAACGAGUCCUUCUUCGAGUUCUUCUGCUCAGGCAGGCGGCACGCGUUCGACAGCAAGAGGGACAGGUGCACGGUGACACUGGCCCCCUCCAGUCCCCAUCGCUGGGCUGUGCACGCUGUUGUCCAUCGCCUUCUGGACCCUGAAGCAGUCUUCGAAGAGCUGAAAGAAAAGAGGAAUGAGUUACAGAAGCUUGGCAUCACCAACGUCACCUACCUCAACCAGGAGAUGGAGGAGGAGAUCAAGGAUCAGUUCAGCACGCCCCUCAUUAUCACCAUCAUCACCCUGGCUGGCUCCCUGCUGCUCGUCGCAGCCAUCUACGGCUGCUGUCACCAACGUUUCUCCCAAAAGAAGAGCCAGCACUUCCACCCUGAUCUCCCCGGGUUUGAUGAUGGACGUGCCAUCCUGAUCUUUAAUCAGCGCCUGACAGAGGAGCUACAGACAAUGGAGAAUGGCUACCAUGAUAACCCCACACUGGAGGUGAUGGAAACCGGCUCUGAAAUGCAGGAGAAGAAGAUGAACCUUAACGGGGAGUUGGGGGACAGCUGGAUCGUUCCUCUUGACACCAUCAUGAAGGAGGACCUAGAGGAAGAGGAGGACACGCAUUUAUAGGAUGCAGGAUUUGAGCAAGCAAAAAACAACCCCCUGAAACACCUAAUCCCUUUCCCUAAAAAACAGAACAACAAACAUAACCCUCCCAGACACAUACACAAUUCCAAAAGAAGGCAGAAUUCCCAACAAACCCCAGAAAACGGCUUGUGAGCUGAUCACAGCCACCACACGAGGUGAAGGAUGGAAGAGAAGGACACAAGAAGACACCUCCACGGCACAUCACCAACACAACACAGUGGCCACAUCCAGUCCAGCAGCUCUGUCACCCAUGGGUGCUCCUGGGGACCUGUCCAGCAGAUUGGCCAAUCCUAGCAGGGAUAGCUUUGCUGCUCUGCUCUCUCCAAACAGGGAUGCUUGAGGCUUUCUAGCAGCAGGGAUGCUGUGUCCCCUCCUGUUCCCCAUCCGAGUGCAUCCUCCAGCUUCCAGAUGACUCAAAAAUUAAAAGAAAUUAAUUAGAAUGGGAGAGGGAGCACAGCUCCUGAUAGCGAGCUGGCAUCUGGCAGAUAGAGCUAGAAAAAUCCUCUGCCCCAUGCUGUUUAAUCAUCAUCCUCCCCUACAGCUCCCUUGCAGAACACCCAAGGAUUGAGCAGAAAGAGCUGGAACAGUCCGUUUGCUCCUUUCUUAUCCACUUUCCAUCCUUGCCCAACUGCUGGCUAAAAAUGCAUGUUGGCCACACUUUGUGAGAUAAGCAAAUAUGUGCAUCCAGGCAUGGCUGGACUGGUGGCCAGAUCCCACACUGCCUUCAGCAGCCCCACAGAGGACUGGGGCAGGUUCUGCUUACAGAAUAGGAGAGGUGAAGGGGAGAGUGCAGCGCUUCCCAACAAGAGGGAGAGGACAAGGUGUCACUCCUCGAUUUUAUAUCUCCAAGGAAGCGUUUAAUGAGACGAAGACCAAGCCAAUGCUGUUGGUGGUUUUGGUUGUAAAGGAGCCCAGCUCUAGCACAGACCAGGUCUGUGGCUGCAUUUACCUGUAGAAGCAUCUGAUCACCUUCCAGUAGUGAUGCAGCACAUCUGUUUUCUCCUGAGGUCGAUGGUGAUGCAUAAAGUGAUGGUUUGUUCUGGCAGGGAAUUCUAUGGUCAUGUUCUCUUGUGCUAGCUACAGAAAUGAUAAAAGAGCAGCAGAGGUGUGGGCCAGGUAGCUUGGCUGCAGUCAGAGUUUUCCAUCCAUUCAGGCCUUGGUGUUUCCUCCACAUGAGGCUGGUGAUCUCCGUCCUCAUCCUCAAGGUUUUAUUCUUCAGAAGUACUUAAAAUAGCAGAGAUCUGUGAAGAAGCUUCCAGCAAGGCUCGUACUGAACCUCAGUCUCCUGUCAAAGUCUCCCUUUGCAGUAAAUCUUUAAAGGGAGAAAAAAUAGGAGCAGAAAAUGGCUGGACUAAGGCCAUUCCUGAUUUUCCCCUUCCUACCACAGCUCCUCAGUGGCUCUAGAAGGAUGGGGAGAGUUUCACAGCAGGCAGUCUGGCGUGGAAAGGGCAUGAAUUCCCUUGGCAGAGGGCAUCUCCUGGCAUCUCGUGCAUCAUCACAGCACGCUAAGGUUGGAACGGACCUCUGGGUCUAUCUGGUCUAAUUCCUGCACCAGCAGGGACACCCAGAGCUCUGCCCAGGACCACGUCCAGUUGGGUUUGAAGAUCUCCAAGGAGGGAGAAAUGCUCGCAUUGAGGUGCUCUGCAGCAAAUCUGCAGUGGCCCCAGUGAGGCAGAGAAGCUCCAGGUCAUUGCAGUGGAGGAGCCAUUCCCAAGGCUGUCCCAGAAGAUGGGCAAACAUAAAGAGGUGAGGAGAAAUGGAAAUAUUGGCAAAACUCUGCUCUAGUCCAUCAGAGUUGCUCACAAAUGGAACGGUCAGAGCAGCUUGCUCAGCCCCAGGACAGAAGCUGGCAGAAGAUGCGUCUUCUCCCAUGGGCCAGCUCUUUUCCUUCUCUCCCGCACGGAAGGAUAUGGUUGGAAGUGUUCAAGCCUAUCUACUUUUGUAUGUAAAUAUUACUGCUAUUCAUUAGCAAUGUAUUCCGCACACUUCGCUUAUCUGUGCACUGCACUAUGGGGAAGCAAUUUUGGAGGGGGAAAAUUAAAAAAAAAAAAAAAGAUUAAAAAAAAAAGAUAAAGGCCUGUCUGGUAGGGGAUCGCAACUCAACGUACAGCAGGAGAACAUCUCCCUGCUGAAGCUGCUUGGAUAACCCCACGCUGCUGCACGUCAGCAUCGCGUUAACGUUGGCGGCUUUGUCUCUGGGUGGGCAGCAGCACGUUCAGCUCUUCACGUCCCAGCCAGCCUUAAGGAGCCACUCUGGUUGUUCGCAAUGCUUUUGGAAGCAUGUUGCUUCCCAGCUGCGCAGGAUGGGUCUUUGGACUCAUGUUUCUGUCCUCAGCAUAAAAUAAAAGCAGUACGUGCCUAAGAUCCCCUUCCAGUGAAGAGAUGCCAAAGUGCUUUAACGAAUCAGGUCCAAAGACUUUCCCAGAGAACCCUACGAAGGCUUGAGAUCAAGCAACCUUAAAUCUUUCAGAGCAGAGACCGGUGGAGAUAUUAACUGCUCCGCAAGUGCUUACAGUGAUUUAUAUUUGAAUAGGAAUUGUACAUUUAUUUAUUUUUCCAGACACCAUAUUUUUAAACCACUAAUAUUUUAUAGUAGAUUUUCCUUCCCCUAUUUAAAGAACUAUUUCCUUGGGAAAAAAAAAAAAAAAAAGAAGUUUUUAUGUUGGUAACAUUCUUUUUGCAAAAAAAAAUAAAAAAUCAGGUAGGAAAUGCAGCAUCUUCGGCCUUAAUCCUUCCCUUCAUAGACUGUAGCCAUAACUGUUAGACCAAAAAGAAAGACCUACCCAUGCAUUUCCUCCUUCCCUGCCCCUCUCCCCUUCCCCUCGCUCCUCUUCUCUUCCCAAAAAUAGCUUUAACAUCCAACGCGUUGUACAAGGACUAUUACUCUUACCUUUUGGUAAGACUUUUAUAAGCAGUUCAGAUGUUCUUGCAAGAGACUUUUCUAUUUGCAGAUUCGCAAGGAGCGUGUAAAUACUUUAGGACCAUUUAUCACCCACUCACAGUGCCGUGACCCAACCGAGCAGGUUGAUGCUGUGACUUGCCUACAGCCGAAGAUAUAACCCGCCAUGGGCUGCAGAAGGAGAACCUAUUUCCCGAGGCAGCUAUCCAUUGAACCUUGCAAAUAUUGUAGAGCUCUCACGUACUGUAUAGCACCAUCUCUCGUGGGGACAGGAGUCUGAUUUACACUGGAAUUUAACGAGGAACUGGAUUGUAGAGAUUACUCUUGCAUUUUCCUACAAAUAUAUUUUGAAAGCAUCAUGUAUUUCUGUCAAUAAACAUUCGUAUGUAAAAGAUGA